CUGUGCGCGGAGGCCGCCGGGCGGGGGCGCUCGAUGGGUCUCUGGCAGCUUCGGAAGCUUCGCAGCCGGAAGCCGCCAAUCUCAGGAGCCUGGAUUUACCUCACAAAGGAGAAUUGUGUCUUCCAAGCCAUUUGCAUCCCUAAGGAGAACUGUUGACUCACCAGAAGACUCUGUUUUGAGUACCUCAUGAUAAGGAAAAUGAAUCCUUCCUCAAAACCACCAGUGACUGGUGUUCCAAAAUCAGAUACACACGGCUCGAAGAAAGACCAGAAAAAGCCGGUGAAGCAUGUGAAAUUUAAAACUUUAAACGAUUUUGCUGCUACACAAAUACAGCGUGCAUGGUUGUGUCACAUGGACAAAAGAGUGUUCCAGCUUCUAAAACACACAAUUUGUGCAGCGCAAUCUUUCGCGACUUAUGAAAUAUUAAGGAAGGUGAGCCCCUCAGAAGCUAAGCUGAUGAAAGAUCCUACUAUGAAGUGUAAGGUCAGAUUCAGAUUUAGUGGUGAGAAAUUUCCACCUUUCAUUGUCUUUAAAAUUUUUCUUCAAACCGAAGGCCAUGGUUACAAGUAUAUUAGCGGAAAAAAUGUAAUGAAAGCAUCAAAUGAGGGUGUGCAUGAUGCUUGCAAACGAAUGGGGGAAAGGAAAUUUAUUGAGCAAAUUUUGGAAGAUGAACGUCUUUUUCAGAAGUUCAAAGUAACUGAUGAAAUAGAUAUUGUCACAAUGAAAGAUUAUAUGAAAUAUAGCAGUCUAAUGGAUGAGACUCCUGCAUAUGCUGGGGGCCGAAAUAACUACUGGAGAAGAUUAAACCUGGACAACUUUCCCAGGACAACGAUGAUGUACGACAUCAUUGCUUACGCGGAGUCUGGGACCGUCUCAGCCCGCCUACAAAAAGAAUGGAAGUAUUUAUCACAGCGACCCAAAACAAAAGAGAUGCUUCAGCAGCAGCUGCAGAUGGUAUCUAAAGUUAGGUCCCCUUCACCUUCCUUAAUCAUCACUCCUUUGUAUCGGCCAUAUAAAAAGCCAACUGAAAUGAAACAUCUGGGUCGUCGAUCUAAAACAGCUCAAAUGAAAGUUGAAAAAAUGAGAAAAGCUUAUACAAAAGAAAAAGAUGCUCCUCCAGUGACCGAGCUGAAACUGGACCCACGACGUAUCAAGAAAAUGGAGGUGGUUGCCAUCACGCCGACUCUUAACCUUGUGAGAUACCUGGAAGCCCCAUCCAAUGAGGAAUGUGGAAAAGACAAAGGGGAAUUAUACACCUGGUCUGAAGAUUUAUAAUCUGCUUACUCCCCAUCCUCUUAAGGUGUGGCUCAUUGACAGGACCAAACUGCUAUUUAACAAUCUACUUAUCUGUUUACAAAAGACCAGGAAAUCAAAUCUAAACAAGCCCCCAGUACAAUGUCAUCAUCAAAUAUGUAACCUGUUUUGAAGACUUUUCUGUAUUGACCCUCAGUACAGAUCUCUUUUGCCGGCAGUGUUCUCAUCUGAAUAAAUGUUUUCAAUGCCA